ACAAUGGUACAGCCAGCAUCACGCUGCACAAUGGUUUCCAGGCAGUGAAAGAGGGUGAUUCAGCAAGCCACUCUUUCUUCCCCUUUUAUUUCAAUAUUAUCAUAUGUUUACCCUCCCUUUCCCCCCUCUGCUUUAUUUUUUUCCCCAGGGAUUUUAUUUAGUACACUUUUUUAAAAAUUGGUUUGCCUUGAAGUCACCUGCCCAUCAUUAUAAUUAUUAUUUUUUUAAUACCCCAUCUCUUCCUCAGUUUGGAAUGUGGUUAAAAAUACCACGUAAGGUUGCAGUUUGAGGGAAGGGUUGCUGUACCGGGAGCAUAGUUCGCAGGCACGGAAUGGUAGGUGGUUGAUGCUAAUAUUCUACGACUAACCUGCCUUUGCAGGGUGGGGUGAUGAAUAUUGAUUGUUGAUUUAAAAAAAAAAUGAGAGAGAGAGCCAGGUUAAUGAAGUAAACGGCUAACCGAUGCAAGAAGGCAGCAGUGUUACAGAGUUUGUGGCCGGAGGACCAUCAUUUUCCUGUAUUUGGGGCUAGCAUUAGAAAUUGGUACCAGCAGCAGGCCAAAUUCAGCUAUGGGAAUUCAGGCAUGAAGUUGACCCCUCUCAAUCAUUUCCUAUAGAUGAGACAUAGCACAAGCUGUGGUAUUUAUGAGCCGCCAUUUCUUGUACUACUGCAGUGAACCUACCCUGGAUGUGAAGAUUGCCUUUUGUCAGGGAUUUGGGAAACAAGUGGAUGUGUCAUAUAUUGCCAAACAUUACAACAUGAGCAAAAGCAAAGUUGACAACCAGUUCUACAGCGUGGAAGUAGGUGACUCAACCUUCACCGUUCUCAAGCGCUACCAGAACUUAAAACCUAUUGGCUCUGGUGCUCAGGGAAUAGUUUGCGCUGCAUAUGAUGCCGUCCUUGACAGAAAUGUGGCUAUUAAGAAGCUCAGCCGACCAUUUCAGAAUCAAACUCAUGCCAAACGAGCUUACAGAGAGCUGGUCCUCAUGAAGUGUGUGAACCAUAAAAAUAUUAUCAGUUUAUUAAAUGUCUUCACACCACAGAAAUCUCUGGAGGAAUUCCAGGAUGUUUACCUGGUAAUGGAAUUGAUGGAUGCCAACUUGUGCCAGGUGAUUCAGAUGGAAUUAGACCAUGAACGAAUGUCUUACCUGCUCUACCAAAUGCUGUGUGGGAUCAAGCACCUUCACUCUGCGGGAAUCAUUCACAGGGAUUUAAAACCAAGUAAUAUUGUGGUAAAGUCCGAUUGCACGUUGAAGAUUCUGGACUUUGGACUGGCCAGGACUGCAGGCACCAGCUUCAUGAUGACUCCCUAUGUGGUGACACGUUAUUACAGAGCACCAGAGGUCAUCUUGGGAAUGGGCUACAAGGAGAACGUGGAUAUAUGGUCUGUGGGAUGCAUUAUGGGAGAAAUGGUUCGCCACAAAAUCCUCUUUCCAGGAAGGGACUAUAUUGACCAGUGGAAUAAAGUAAUUGAGCAGCUGGGAACACCAUGCCCAGAAUUCAUGAAGAAGCUACAACCCACGGUGCGGAACUACGUUGAGAACCGACCUAAGUAUGCUGGUCUCACUUUCCCCAAACUUUUCCCAGACUCUCUCUUCCCAGCCGACUCAGAACACAACAAACUCAAAGCCAGCCAAGCCAGGGACCUUUUGUCAAAGAUGUUGGUGAUUGACCCAGCCAAGCGGAUAUCAGUGGAUGAAGCCUUACAGCAUCCAUACAUUAAUGUGUGGUAUGACCCUGCGGAAGUGGAGGCGUGGAGUGUUUUCUGCUCACCAGACUUAAAAAAGCCUCCUCCUCAGAUAUAUGAUAAACAGCUGGAUGAAAGAGAACAUACGAUUGAGGAAUGGAAAGAACUGAUCUACAAGGAAGUAAUGAAUUCUGAAGAAAAAACUAAAAAUGGAGUAGUAAAAGGACAGCCUUCUCCUUCAGGUGCAGCAGUGAACAGCAGCGAAAGCCUCCCUCCAUCCUCAUCUGUCAACGACAUCUCCUCCAUGUCCACUGACCAAACCCUGGCAUCUGACACCGACAGCAGCUUGGAAGCUUCUGCAGGACCCCUCGGUUGUUGCAGGUGACUAGCCGCCUGCCUGCGAAACCCAACGUUCUUCAGAAGAUGAGGCAAUUUAGGGGGAAAAUAAUAACAAGAAUAAACGAUGGAAAGGAAGAGAAAUAAAAGAUAAAGAUUUAAAUGAAACAACCCUUUUCAGCCUGCUUCUCCUACAGAGUUAUGUAAUGCAGCUAAGCUCAAGUAUAUAUUUAACUUAUAGUUGCUCUGCUUUGGUCUUCUUCCAAUGAUGCUUACUGAAAAAAAAGGGGAAUUAAAGAAGCCUUUUUUUCCAUAAAAUGUAAAAUUAAUGGCUGCAAAACCAGCAACCUGCAACCGUCCUUUUCACACUGGCAUGACAAGGUGUGCAGUAGCCACUCUACGUAUGUAUGUGUGUGUAUCUGAUUUCACUAUCUUGCUAAUCUAUUUUAUCUACUUCUGCCCACUUAGACAGAUAUACACACAUUUAUCUCAGUACAUGUACAGCGCACACACAAAUGUGUAUGAUAGUAUGUGCAACUGUGUAUCUCUAUACAUUAUAUAGAGAUACACAGUAUGCACUCUAGAACUAAUUGGCCCAUUUCAUGUGAACUACGUAAAUACAUCUGUAACAUAUUGCCAGUAUAUAAUCUGUUCAAUUUGUUCAUUAAGUUGUAUAUCAUAUAAGAUUUGUAAAAGCAAAAAUAAUAAGUCAAGCCUGAGCUCUCUCAGACCCUUGAAGAUGUAGCACCCAAAUUUCAACUGAUAUAUAUAUUUUUAAUAAUACUGGUUUGUACGGAGGAUGCACGGAAUGGAGAUUUACAAGGAAAAUGUGCAUCAGUGGUGCAUGCUAACAUUUGUUGCUUUGAUUUUUAGAACAGAUAUGAGUUAGGACCAGGUUAAAAGGAAGCACAUCUGUCUUUGGGGGCUGUUGGGGUUGAGGAUGGAGGAGUUGUCCUGUGAAUACCUAAUAUCUCAGCCCACAAGGACUUCAGAGACAAACUUUUCAUAGUGAUAAGACAGUGAGUUAUUUUUCUUAGUUUAUAGAUAGGCUUAUCUUUGUUAAUUAUAAUGUGUAUGUGUGUGUUAGGAGCUAAAAUGUGGGGGGAUAGGCUCAGAUAACAAGAAGGAUGUACACAAUUUUUAUGUAUCAUUUAUGAUUAGGUGCGUGGUAAGCCAGGAUUGCAGACAAGGGAUGUUUGCAGUCUACUUCCUCUCUAGGUAUUUGUUGCUGCAAAGGAGUUGAAUUCCCUUUAAAUAAUUUCCCUCAUGGGAAUUACAUUACUUGGACACCAUUGAUUCUAUAGUUCGUUUCAGCCUUUUUUCCCCCCGGUGACAAAUCAGCUGAUUCCUCAAAAUGCUUCACCAACUGGGCUACACACAGCAGGUUAGUAAAUUGAAUGGUCAAAUAUUCUCAUACACUUAAUAGGCUUUGCCUUUAUUUACCAGCCAGGAGCCAAGCUGGGAGUGUAACAAUCAGGAUCUCAGGCAGUUUUUGCAUAUUUCUAAAGAAGCCAAUAUUGAGAAAAUAUCAAUUGGAUUUUGAUAGAUAAUAAUACUUUGAACUUGCCGCAGAGAGUAGUGUCAGGUCUUUUAACAGCAUACAGCAACACUACACAAUUGUUUAGGGCAAGUGAAGAACAGUUUUUCCGCCUUAAACAGCAAUGAGGAUUUUAGGUAGGCAAAAUGCAAUUGUCUGAGUUGGAAUUUAGCCAGAAUUCUAGGGUUCACAUCUCUCUCCUCUUAUCCAAAUGUGCUGUGCCAUCUGUAAUGUAUGCCUCAUCCAAAUGGCAGGAAGAGUUAAUUUAAAUAGCUUAUUCUAUUUAACUGUAAUGUAUGACAAUUUUUGAAUCUACAAAUAUUUGAUUGGACAGUUGACAAAUCUGCCAUCCCUAAGCUGGGGAAAAUAUCUGAAUAUCAACUGAGAUUUUGUCCAGAGUAAAAAGCAAACAAUAAAGCUUCCACUCAAGUAUGUAAAAUAAAAAUAAAGAAUAAAUGUAAUGUAAUCUCAGAGUUAGUAGCUCUGAGUGGUCUUGAAAUUACACUAUAAAGUAAUUUUUCCCCAGGUAUGUUUUGGUGGCUUUUUUUCCAUUACAUUUUUUCAUAUAUUGAAAACAAAAUUAUGUAUGUGAUUUUUCUAAAAACUCAGUUACAGCAGUAGGUGUGAAAGCAAUAAAUAUAAACAAUAAAUUACUACUGCUAAAUAGAUUUAGCAAUAUUCUCUCUUAAAGCCAUGAAACAUCAAAUUAUUGUUUAGCAACAUGACCUUAAUCCAGCUUCAGGUGAAUGCAAAUACUAGUGAAAGGGUUUAAAGGGAUACCACAAAGCAUUGUAGGCGUGUCAAAGCAAUAACACUGAGGGGGACUCCUUAGCAAUAAUAGCAGAUAUCAGCUCCAGAUUUCAAUCAUCAUACAUUAACACUAGUAAAAUAUAGAGAAUUCACCUCCAUUUUAUAUCCCCCUGGUGUGCACCAUUUUGGGUUGUCUUCUCAACCCAAAAAAGGGUGAGCCUCUUGGAGUGACAGAUUAUUAAAUGAGUGCAAUUUACUACAAACAUGCCAUAGACUUGAAGACUUUCCGUGCAGUGAUAGUAAUGCUGUGAACAUAGCUACACAGGCAGUAGCUGGGAAGUGCUUUGUAGAGAGGUGUGUGGACACUCUCCCAAGUUUAAUUUGUCAAAACUAGAACAAUGACCACUCUCUUGUGCGGUACUAUUCAUUUUUCCCUGGGCUCAUGAAAAGGGAUGCAGUCACCAUAAAAGACGUCCUAGUGAUUGGCACUAUAGGAAUCCCUAUAAUAAGGAAUACAGUUUAUCUAAAUGCCUGUCUAAGGCCCUGAUUCAGCAAAACACCAAUGCAUGUGCCUAAGUCACACACAGGUCAAUGUGACUUACACAUAUGCUUAUACUUAAGUAUGUGCUUUAAUCCUUUGCUGAACAGGGAUGAACAUACUUAAGUGCUUUGCUGAGUUGUGGCCUAAGACAACAAUCAUAGCAUUUCUUUUUGUCCUUAAAUUUGUCAAUCUUCCUUUUGGGCAGCUCUGCUCUUUGAAGGGUGCAAGGCUCUCCACCCUGGACAAAGCUAUCAGCAAAUGAACAAUAGACCUUGGCGGAUCUGUCAGAGCUGGAGUAACAACCCCUCAAACAUGAAUAGUAUCAUUCAUUUUCUCUUGGCUCAGGAAGUUGAUGCUGUCAACAUGUAACCUAAAGGAAUACAGGUACCAAUGAACUAGAAACUACAGUGAUGGACGCUCUGUAAAUACCUAUGGAUAGAUAAAAACCUUCAUAGUUUCUAGACGUUCCAGACAUCUGUGUUUCAAGCCUUCUCCUCAUUAGUUCAAUAUUGUAGCCAGCAUGAAAUGAUGGUUGCUCUUAUUCUCUCUUGCCAGUGAUUUUUAAAUCUACCUCUGUUUUUAAUAAUAUUAAUUAAUACCUCGCACUUGUAUACUUUUAUCUGAAGUUUUCAAAGUGCUUUACAGCUAAAAUAAUGGAGAGAAUGAGACACAUUCUGGCUAAGGGCUAGAUUUAAUGCCCGAAGCUGCAGAUAGGCACCUAUGCACUUUUGAAAUAUCCCACUUAGGUGCCUAACUCUCAUUGACUUCCAUUGAAGUUAGGUGCCUAGGUGCUUUUGAAAAUUCCACUAGGCACCUAUCUGCAUCUUGAGGUGUCUGAUACCUUUAAGUGACUUCCUUAAAUCAUGUUGAUAGCCACUGGCAGAGUAAAGUGAUUGCCAUUCUCUGUUCUGAACAUUAAUUAAAGUCACUUUAAGAAACUGUAGAGGAAGGAAAUGAUUGAAGAACCUCUCCAAUGGGGCUACUACAUCUUCAGGGGCAUCUUUCUAAGUUUCUGGAUGCUAUGAGAACUCUACAGGAAUUACAGUGUACUAAUGCUUCUAAGAGACUGGUAUUUUUCCUUGAUUGAACGGGAAGGAGGUUGAAAUAAACAGAUGGUUAUGCAGGUCUAGCUGUUGGUAUUGAGAUUAACCUUGCUCCUACAGACUUGAUGGCUGUUGGAAGAGUGGUUUCUUUUUAGGCUUGCUCUGGUUAUGCAUGAUUGACUAAUCAUCUCCCUUAUAGAAAAAUAUAGAAUGUAAUAGAAAAUAAUCACCAGCCUAUAGAAUUUAAAUAGAGGUAUACUUUUCUGCUAUAAGAUUCUAAAGAUUGAUUCAAGAAAUCUACAGAAAGGAUAAUAUCCACAGAGCCGUACUGGUUUCAAUAAAUUCUAAAGAAACAUUCCAUGAGGAUUUUAAUGUAUCUUUAGACAAUUAAACUAUUUCUUUAAGUUGGUCCAACACUGAGAUUUUUGCAACUCACAUUCUUAUUCUGAAUUCUAGUUUACACGGGAUGCCUGAUGUAACCUCAAGUUCAGUAGAUUACUAUAUCACAUAGCUUUUAAGUGGAAGUCCACUUAUGGUAGCUUAUUUUGUUUAUCAAAACCAGAACAAAGAUGACUAAUACAUCCCUAAUUCAUUGCAUUUUUCCUUUUGAAAUUCUUUUCUUCAUGGCAUAAAUCUGUAACUCCAAGAGGUGGCAACAUUGGCUAGAUCAGAUGAUGCUGUGGCAGUACUACUCUGCUAAAUUUACAAGCCAAACUGAGGCUCCCAUAUAUGGUUUCACUUUCAGGCUGUUACCUGGUGCUUACUGAAGAAACUAGACUUAUGGCAGUGCCCUGAGAGCAAUUUCCAUAACACUGUCCCUUCAUUAAAUGCAAUCCAAGUUAAUGGAUUCAGUGGAGCUGGUUGGAGGUUUUCUAACAACAUUUUUUUUUUCAUCUGAACAUGCAGAUUCAUCAGAACCUAAACUGUUUGUGAGAAAGGGUUGUUUGUGAGAAAGGGUUGUUUUUGAUGAAGCUUCCAAUUUGAAAAAUUUUUGAAAUUGCCACAACAUCCCAAGUUGACCUGAUCUGAUUUGUAAUUUUAUGAUCAGUUUGUAGAAAAUUUUGAAGAUUUUUACUUUUUUGUCCCUAUUUGGGACAAGACAAUUUUCAAAAAUUCUCAUAUUUCCUACCCAGCUAUACGCUUUAGUGUUUCUGAGGAGAGGAACACAGAAUGGAAACCUGUUGGGAAAAGAAUUAGACUUGUGUUUGUCUGACUAUUUAACAAAAAUCUGAGUUAGGUGUUUAGGUUUAUAAUUUUUUUGCGUGCACGAGUGUGUGUGUGUGUGUUGUUUUUUUAGGUUUUUAGCGAUAUACUAAUAUUUGAUCCAAAUUUCUUAAUGUGGAAAAUGACCCUGUAAACUUAAUCAAACCAUGCAUCUUCAAGAAUCUGAUAGUUGUGCUUGUUUGAAUUUACAUCAGUUUUCAAAGGAUACUGUUAACUUGUGGCAGGCUCAAGAUGAACUUUAAAUAAAUAUACCCCCUACACAAACAAAAAAAAUGUUCAGCAGAUUUGAAUAUUCCACAACUAUGUAAUGUCUUAAUUAGAAAAAAAAUUGUUUGUCAUCUUUAUUGAUAGCUCUGUCCAAUGGAAUUUAGUGGAAUCCAUGAGAUAUAUUAGAAACUUGUCAGAAAGACCCAAUAUCUCUUUUUGUAAUUAGGUAUUGAUUGCAAGAGCUGAAUUGUUUAAACCUCAUUUCUGUUCAGUCUCGUCAACAAAUGUCAGGUUAAGGCUUUUGGAGAAGGUACAAGUCUGCAAAAAGAACAUUGAAAACUGCUGCCAAGACCCAGUGAGUCAUUUCCAGCUGAGGCUGAAAGGUUGAAAUGUAUAUACUCAAGUAAGACUUGGCCACUUUGGAAACUAAAAUACCCUCAUUGUGCUUAUCAGUUUAGACAGGCACACCUGUUCUCUUGCUAAUUUCCACUGAACAGGGCCAUUUUUUUCUUCUAGAAAACGAGAUAUUUACAAUGUAAAUAGCUGAACUGAUUCUUUUCUUCUCUGUAACUAAUAUGUAAUAAUCCACCACCUUGUCUUGUUGGAUCUUUUAAAAAAAGACCAUGGUAUGCCUAAAUGUAGUUGACCUCUGGCUAUUUCCUUGGUCAGGAAUGUACUGAGAAGGAAGAUCCCAGGGGUUUCAGUGUAUAUAAAGAAUCAUGUAUAUUUAGUAAAUUGAGUAAGUGGGACUUACGGCCAGUAUACAUUAAACAACAACAGUAACAAAAUCUCCAAACCCUAACUAGGAAAAUGAACUGUUCACCUUGCCAUGUCCAUUCUGUAAUAAGACACCUGCCUGUAGUCCUGCAUGAGCAGACUUCAAAGUAUAACUGACUGUAACAUAUCAGUGUUGAUAAAAGUAGAUUAUUAAAAAAGACCAAAAAGCCAAUAACAGUUCAGCAUGAAGACUGGGGGAUAAAUGUCCAACUUUGUUGCAAGAUCCUAGAUUGACGUGGUAGCCAGAACCAGUAAGCAUGGAUAAACUGAAAUAGUGACAUUUAAUGAGGAACUUGACAUAUUACCAUUUCUCCCUCCUUACAUUGUUUUCUUUUUCCCCUUCUAUGUUCCCUCUGGUUGGUUUAAGGGGCCCAUAUUGGCUUUGGCUUCAUUCAUCAAUGUUUUGAGAGUCAAUAUUGAGCCAAUGCAUUCUGAUAGUUUUGAAUUAUUAAAAGCAGAAGGGACUUUCCUACCCCUUCAUCUCAAAAGGAAAUCUUGUCUGAGUUCUUCUCGUGAAGAUACUUUUCAUGGGUGUACUGAUUUGCUUUUGUUUAGUUGGUUUUUAGUGUUCCAGAUAAAUAACACAGUGUAGUAAACCAUAUUGAUAUAGGGUUUCAUUAUGCAUGUCUUCUGCACCUAUUAACUUCGGUGAGACUUUGGGUGCACCAAGUCAUGUAGGGUCAAGAUUCAAAUGAAAUACUUUAAGUAUUCUGUAGGUGAAGCCCCAAGUGCACCUCUGUGACUGUACAUUGGGAAAGCUGCUGAAUUUUACAGAAUGGGACCCUCCUUACCUGUGAAGAAGCUGUAGCCAAUGAGUGAACUUCACUCCUCCUCCUCAGGGGGCCUGUGCUCCACUUAUGCCCUAUUUUGAGGAGUUAAAGUGUUGUGGAGUCCUUGUUAAGGGCUCUCUGCACAGGAGUGUAUUUCACCUACUGUGAACAUGCAUGUAUAUGUCAAGACAGACUGUUCCAAUAAGGAAUGUUUGGGUUGCUUUCAUUAAGAACUAGCUCUAUACUAAUUUAAUUAAAAUAGUUGUAGCCAGGAAAUCCUAUUUUAUCUUCAUGUGGGGGGAGAAAAGGCAAACACAGUGAGCUCUUACAGCCCACUCUGUUUUCUUGCCCCUUUCCUUCACUCCUUAUUAAAUUAUGGAGAUUAAAUCAGCCUAAAGCAACCCUCAACUUACUUCGAUACCUUUAAGGAGCAGAAUAAAAAAGAGCGGGGUUUGGGUAACAUUACUAUUGUAAAUCAGUGAUAAGCAAGGGAUUCAAAUGUCUUUUUUUGUUAAGAUAGUGAUGUGAUUAGGCUGUGCAGAGCUGAGUACCCUACAGUAAUCAGGCAAAACAAAUUGAGCAUUGUGGUCUAUUCUUCUUCCAGUUUUCAUGCAAAGAAAUGGGCCCAAACUAAAACAUUUGCACUGCAAAUCAAUGGGGUUUGAAUUAAUUUGGAUUUAAAGCCCAGGCUCCAAACACCUUUAUAAGGUUUUGGUUCCAAAAUGGAACGGGGAGGAGAGGGAUAUUUUCCAUUUAAAUGUACUUGAAAACUUCCAACACAGGGUUUUUGUGAGGCUUGCACCUCUCCAGCAUGGAAGUAAAAAUCUUUGUGAGAACAUUUCAUGAGAUCUCGGCACCAUUGAAUCCAAAUCCACACUCUAGCCCAUAGUUUGACUUCAAACAAACCCUGAAUCCUAAAUUACAGUGGUUCUGGAUCAGGAUGUGGCUAUUGCAGUUGCAUAUCUCAUAAUGCCCAUUGAUCUUUAGGGGGAGCUGUGGACCCCGAACGUGAAAUUUCAGUUCUUUAGUCUGCUGGUGUCACUUUUAAUUUCACUU